GCCAACAUAGACACAGCGUUCCAUUCUUCAUAAAAUGGAAACUAACUGAUUUGUAUUGAACAGUGUACCGUUUGUUUGUAUUCUCUCAUAUUGUUAGCACAACUAUUGGUUGACAAGCAUGCAGCGGUUGACUUUAAGGCGUAGGUUAUCGUAUAAUACCAAUUCCAACAAGAGAAAGAAAGUCAAAACUCCGGGUGGCAAGGUUGUCUACAUCUAUGUAAAAAAACGUGGAACGUUUCCAAAAUGUGGCGAUUGCAAAAGUAAACUUUUCGGUAUCAAACCGUCCAGACCGCGUGAAAGAACCUCAAUGAGUAAAAGAUUGAAGACUGUUAACAGGCCAUAUGGUGGUUCCCGCUGUCAUACUUGUGUCCGUAAUCGGAUCAUUCGUGCUUUUAUGAUGGAGGAACAAAAAGUCCUAAAACAACUUAUCAAGGAACAGAAAAGAAGAGAAAAGAAAGCCACUGUAGAACACAAAAAAUAAACUUAAUCAAAUUUCUUGGACGUCAGAAUACUUUUGAUGUGCUUUGUUGGUGUUGAUUGCGUGUUUUAAAUGGUUCAUUCAGUGAUAUAAACCUUAUAUUCGUGAAAACUAGGUUUGAGUAUGCAAGUGCCAUGUGUUUCUUAUCGUUCUCGUAAUAAAGUUGAUCAUAUUAAACACAGGUUCCGGAACAGAGUGCUCUUAUUUAAAUUGUGGGGUUAUAUGAACCUUGUUAUCAAGUAUUUUGUGUGCUCAGCUAUUCGAAAUUAG